AUGUCGGAAGGAGUUGUGGAGCCGCUUUUCCAGCUCCUUGUGCACAAGGUCACGAUCGCUAAAUUUGACCUACUUAGGGACCUCGCAAAGAAAAAGGCUCUACCUGACUGCCCGGAGGACUCCGAAGGCUAUGUCCAAACGGUAACAUUUGCACCUUCUGAUGCCCUUGCGAGCCGCAAUAAAAGGUUUCUUAGGAGAUCGAGAAGAUUGGGAUGCACUCACAAUAACCAUAUCAAACGAAGAGCAAAACGCGGCUAUGUGCGCUUCUUUUUUAAUUGGACAGAUCACAACAUUCUUCGAGUCGGGAGUCGUCUAGUCCUCAAGGUGGAAAUGCGUUUCCUUCGACGGCUCAUCCACAUCGACUCGGAACCUAAUCGUGGAGCAUCGCCCGGUUCACUGCAAUGCGACGUGUUCGAAUACUUGACCGGAAAAUCGUGUAGUCGUUCAAGUUGGCUCACGACGGGUCCUCUGCAGCAAGGCCCUUCUAUCAUGUCGGUCGCCAGUGUUCGAGAGGAUGUUUUCGGGUAUGUCGGGUCAACUGUCCGGAAGAAUCAUCUGUUUAUUCAGAGAGCAGGAAGCUUCAAAGAGGCAAAUUCGAGCUUCAUCGCCCUAGAGGACAUGGAUACCGAUGUUGCCAUCAUGCUCAUCGAGUGGAUUCAAGAAGACAGGCUGCCUGAUUCCGCCGAGCUAAAUUGGACUAGGUGCAUGCGUGUUCUUAUGGCGGCCGACAAGUUCCAAGUCCACACACUGGUUCACUACUGCAUAUGCCAUCUUCGUCGUCUCCUCACUCAAGGAAGUGUGACAUUCGACGAGAUCAUUGUAGUUCGCAAGAUGCUGCAACAGUGCACAGGAACAAACACUACAAAACUGGCUAGGGACUGUGAGGCCUAUGUGGCAGCUCGAGCAGCAUCCGAUCCGUCGAAGAUGUGGAGCAUCCUGGAUUGCGGAAGCAUCGAGAUAAGGAAAACAUGUUGCAAGGGCAAUUCAACAGCUACAUAA